AUGGCAACCUCCAGGCGCUCGUCCCAUCCUUCACGUCCGCUUCGCUCCAGUCGAUUGAAAGUCCAGUCGUAUCAUGAAGACAGCAGCUCGGAUGAUGUGCACAAUGACGAUCGCGAUGGGGAUUCCGACGAAGGAGAGUUGCGUCGCUUAUCGCUAUCGUUGCGGCCCCGCAGUUCGAACCGUAUACCACCGUCAUACCGGGAGGAGUCAUCGGAUGAAAAUUUCGAAGGAACUGCAAGUGAUGAUGGUAUAGGUGAAGUGCCUGACGUCUCGACUCAUCGAUUGCCCGCCCCGACCAGCAGCAAUGGCACCGCCGCUCGACCUCGUCGCAAUCGGACGGUCAAGACACGUUCUCAGACCAGCCGUUCCAAGCGCCCUAUGAACAAUUCGCGGUUGGAAUUGGGCAGACCCCGGAGCAAGCGGAAGAAGGUCGAAGUGGAUGAGACACCUCUGCUCACUUCAGGCGUCAUACCUCCGUGGCAGCACUUGCCGUAUCACAUACUGUUCGAUAUAUUCUUCUAUGCAUCGCAUCCACUGGUCGAUGAGAGGAGCGGCACUAGAAAGGGCUCUGCGCAAUGGCUUGUCCACGUAGCUCUACUAUGCCAUGCUUUUAGUGAGCCCGCAUUGGCAGCUCUCUACUAUUCCCCGCCAUUGAUACCGCCUGCCAAGUGCCAUGGCCUGCUUAGCCUACUGUCUCAGCCCCAGGACUCCCUUUCCACUAAUUACAUCAACAAAAUCAAGGAACUCCAUGUUGACGUAGAAGCCUUACUCUUAUACAAAAGCGGACCGACCUUGGGAUACUUUGAAUUGCCCAGGUUGAUUGAAAAGACGCCUCAAGUGAAGAAGAUGCGACUGUACCACGCAGAGGACUACGUCGUGGGCAUUCCUCCAUGGCAACGCGCACGCUCGAAAUGGGGUUACCCGGAGGGCCUCUUUGAAUCGAUUGCCUACAGCUCGAUUCGACUUCGCAGUUGGGAUUGGAACAGUCGGUUCAUGGAGACGCCGGAGUUGGCCCCUUAUGCCCUGACAAAGCAUUUGCAGCCUGCAUUUCAGGGCUUAGAGGAGCUACGACUGUUGCAUGUUGCGUCAGAGGAGUGGGAUGAGGAGGGUGACGGGUACCUCUCCAACGAACGGGAAGUCGUUCUGGCGACGGCCCUCAGGGAAUUGCCAGAACUGCGUCGAUUGGUAUUCCUGGAAUGUUCGAUUGUGAAUGAGCAUCUACUGCCCAACCUUCCGGAGACGCUCACAUCCUUGACUCUCAACAAUUGUGACGAAGUAACAACGGCAAACUUUAGCGCAUUCCUCACCUCUCACGGUCAGCAUCUUCGUGAACUCAAUUUGAGUCACAACCGUCACCUGAGCAUGUCAUUCAUCGUGGGACUGGCCACCUUCUGUAAGAAUCUUGAGAAGUUCAAAAUGGACAUUUCGAUCCACGACUGGUCCAGCUAUCAUGACGUGGAACCUCACUUUCCAGAACUCAUUCGCUCCUCGGAAGUCCCAACAUGGCCAUCUACCCUGCAAGACAUUGAGUUGAUCCAGCUCCGUAAAUGGGACGACGCAGCUGCGGAGGUCUUCUUCACAUCCUUAAUCAAUACCGCGCCAGAGCUACCAGACCUGCGACGGCUCGUCAUCAGUGCAAUCUUGAAAAUCGGCUGGCGCGACCGUGCAACAUUUCGAGAGAAAUGGAUCGGGCGACUUGAACAUGUGUUCCUACGACGCAGUGUCCCUCCGGACCCCAAUCAGCGAACUCUUCGACGUUCCCCGCCACCUUCCGAGCUGAUUGAAGGCGCUGCAGAAGAUACUGCUACCCCCCACUCUGAUACACCGAAUAGCGGCCCUUCGACACCGUCAAAGCGUCAAAGCGCCCGUCUCGCGCAGCGCAAAAUUAUGGAACUCGAAGACGAUGAUGAUGAUGAUGAUGAUGAUGAUGACGUUGAAGGAAGUCCAUCUUCAAGUCGCACUGCAGCGGAGGGGUUCAGCGAUCAAGGGCAUCGCGGAAUGCAGGUGCAGGGCAUGUGCGACGUUGUCAUGGUCCGGAUUGACAAUCAACGUCCGACAGAAACGCAGUUCAGCGAAGGGGACUUUCUCGACGAAGAGGCUAGUGGGGACGAGGAUUGGGAUGGGGACGAUUGGGAUGUUGCCGAAGGGGGGUAUGCUUGGUGA